AUGUCUUCCUCGUCUCUUCCAGCGCCUCUUCUCAAACGUUUCAAUACUGCUCCGGCCCAUGAUCCAAGUGGUCCUAGCACUCCUCUAUCGAUAAAGAUCAGCAAAAACAAUUAUCCACAGGACUCGCCUCAGAUACAACAUUCGAAUAGUGGACCAUCCGUGUCGUCGCCUCUCAAAUGGAGAAUCAAGAAACAAUCGAUCUCCCGCGAUAACGCUACUACCAUUACGGCUUCUUCACACUCGUCUUCUCACUCAAUCAGCUCCAGUGAAAAUAUCACCGCUUUAUCGCCCAGAACCGCCACCAACCCUAUAACUUCACCCAACAUCAGCUCUCCGAUUCAGCAACACCGGAAAUCUCGUAAUGUUCUGGGAACCGCCAUGAACAACCAUAGCUCAAGUGGUCCUGGCGGAAUAGCAGCGUCUCCCAUUUCAAACUAUGAAGCAUCAAGAAUAUAUUUCAAGUCGGGGGGAGCGGCAAGAAGUGCCAGUGCUGGAACAAUAACUAAUGGAGCGUCCGGUAACAAUCCCACCAUCGCUCUGUCACCUUUGAGCACUCCAAAAUCUGCAACCUAUUUCAAUGAAAAAGAUUAUCGUCCCAUUCAGUCGCCUUUUGAUCAAGGGUUCAGUAAAAGCCCAAUCUCACAAAUGAUGAAAUCACCGAUCAUCACCAAAAAAAGCAGUUCUUCAAGUUUUAGCGGCAUUUUACCUAAAAAAAUGAGAAAAGAUGAAUAUAAGCGAUCAAUGUCUCCAAGCGUCACAACUGCGCCUCCUAGAGAAUUGCCUCCCCAAUUGAAAAAUAAGACAUCCAUGUCAAAUUGCUCACACUAUAGUAAUGGCAAUACCAACAUCUCUAGCCUGUCUCAUUCACAGCUAUACCAUACUUUAAAUAACAAGCUGCAAGCCGGCAGUUUGACCCCAAAUAGCAGAAGGUUUCCUCAACAACAAUCAGGGCAGCAGCAGCUAUCGCAAAAAUACCUGCAUAGGUUGAAUCUUCGAGACAAAAAUUGUAUUUUUUGUGACGAGAAAUUGGAAACGGUUUUGCAAACCACUGACAAAAUCGAAAAGAUUAUCGAGCUUCGAUGCAAUUGCUUUUGUCAUGAAGAUUGUUUGAGAUCCCUGAUUCAAUUUGAAAAAGAAAAAAGCCUGACAGAUAGCACUAAAUCUUCACUCUCAUUGAAUUAUAAUAAAGCGUCAUUAACAGAAAAGGCAUUCCCAAUUUGCUUCCAAUGCGAACAGAAUAUCCGUGCCAUUCCCAAGAGUCCAGGGUUGAUUGAUGAGUUCAUCACCGAAUACAUUACUUACGAACCAAAACCGGUGUUGAUAAAAAGCUUCCCAUUAAUGAAUCAUAAAGAAUCUAAACCUCAUCUAGUGAUAUCAACUAGCGCAUCACCAAAGCCUCAAAAACAGAGACCCGUUAUCAAUACAAACCUUAAUGGCGGCGGUUCACACAAUCCAUAUCAAAAUAUUAAUAGUCCAAGUAGCCAAGUCAAUAGCUAUCGUGGUCUCAGUCCCGCUAUGACCCCGGUAAGUACUAGUCCAAGCAUGAAUCCUGAAGCGUUUGCCAACAAUCCAUACAUUAAGAAUACAUUACAUUCAAAAAAGAAAAAACAUGCCGAACAUAACAGCAACUCUAUUGAAAAGGCUAAAGUGUUACUGGCAAGUCCUCUCAUAAAUUCCAGCAGUCCAAAGCAAGUUCCUGGUUUCAAAGCUUCUGAGACUCCAAGCAAGAGGAAUUCCAUUAUUCCUGGUUCUAUUUCUAUUUCAACUAAUAGCAUGCCAUCGCCAAUGACCAUGAACUCUAGUUCAGAUACAUUAUCGAGUUUGCAAAAAACCAAGAGUCCAGGGAUCGAUAAUAACACUGAACGUACUAACAACAAUCCAAAGUCUAAUAAUAAUAAUAACCCAAACCUUCCCAACAUUAAUAAUACUCCGGAUCGCACCACCAGAAAUACUCAAUUUAAUGCUAAUAAUUCUGGUGGUGGAGGCAGAACACACCAAGGUUUCAAUUCUCUGAACACUGGUCCAUAUGAGCUCAUGAUGCGUAAUGUUAGUCCGGUUCCAAAUAGAAAACACCCUCAAUUCCAAGUGAGGCGCCAGGCCCCAUCACCACCAGUAAAUGCCGAGGCUCGAUAUAGAAAACUUACCAAGGCAGCACUCAAUGGAGGCAGCAAUAAUGGUUACUUGCAAUCACCAUCCAAAAAAAAUACUCUACCUUAUGAGGGAUCAAUGCUUCUUGGUGUCAAUAAAAAUGUUGCCGAUGGAUCACCAAAACCCGUCAAUUUGUCGCUCGAUAUUCCUAAUCUGAACAGGAACUUGGGUCGAGAAGUCACUGCGUCUGGCGAAGGAAUUGCAAGCAAAAGAAGCAGACAUGAUCUAAGUUUCAAAAUUGUUAAUCAAUCUACCCCCCACCAAUCAUCAAAUCUGGAAGAUUUGGAUCCAACAUCGCCAUUGGCAAACAGGAUCAAACGCAAUACGGUUGCAUCAAUAGUGUCAUCAGUAACAGGAUUUUCAUCGCCAGUGGAUUCCAUUUUGGAUGACCGUGACAGGGCCAAUGAUAACGAUGAUAUAGAUAUUAUUUCUCGUCUGAACUCCAUGAGUUCUAGUUAUUCUGUGUCAACUACAAACACUUAUUCUCAACCCAGCUCUGGAGAGCAAGCAGAGAUGACUAGUGUGUUACGUGAAAAAUUCGUUAAUCAUUUGAUGACGAAACUACGAAACAAGAACAACGAACGGGUUUUGGAUGAAAAAAUCUUGGAAGCUUUUGGAGCUUUGCGUCUUGUGGAUCAGUUAUUGAUCUCGGUGAAUACAAUGGAAUCUAGUCUGUUUGUUGAAAAGAUUGUUUUUUUGUUCGAGCAUCGAUUAUUAUUAAUCGAUCCAAAUUAUAAAAGUGUUAUCCUGUUAAGAUUGUCGUUGAGUUCCAAAACUCCAAAUGUUGAAAUCAGCUCCACUUCAAUAAUCAAACUAGAUUAUUCGAACUCUAACACUAAUUUCAAUAGAUCACGGAAUAUAAAAGAAGUGUACAUUUCGGUUGAUGAAACUAGGAAUGACAUUAUUCAAAAAUGGGCAGCGGCAUUUUUCGAUCCAGAUUGUGAUUUCCCAUCUCUGUUGUUUACUUGUACUUUGAAUUCUAUUGCUGACUCCAGAUAUGAUUUUGCGUCGCCUAUUGAAAAUACCUUCGGUAAAGAGAAGGAUACUAUUAAUAAACGGUUGACUAUUCAUGACUCCAAUAAGAAUGAUGGUGGUGUCACAUAUUCUUCUCUCGAUCAAUUCAAUUUAAACAAUAGUCAUUCUGUUUUCCAGUAUAAAAUGGGAUCACAAACCACUUUGGAUAAUAGGCAAUCAUUUAAUGCAUUGGGCACCCCGAUCACCAAUCGCGCACUGACGGUAACUAUGGGACGGCUUAGUAUGAGAAAUAGUCAGAUCUACAGUCAACCUAAAACCAUUGUGGCCAUUGUCAAUUAUGAAAAGCCUUUGAACGCCGUACAGCAAGGGAUAUUGAUGAAUAUUUUCCGUACUUUGCUAUUUAAAAUUGCUGACGUGAAAGUUAUUGGUACCACGGGAAAUUUCAGCAGAAAAAUCAUGGACACAACUUUCACUAAUGAAAAUCCUAUUGGCUUGAAUAAAUGCCCACUCGGCAAGGAUAUUCAUAGUGGUACUCCAUUUGAUUUACAGGAAUGUAUCAGACGAUUGUUAGCUGGUCGACCUGAAACUGAAAAUGCCCAUGAUGUCGGAGCUCUUUUAUUAUCUGCAAACUCCGAAAUGACCAUCGUUCCUAGUUGGAAUUUUCUUGGGGCCCAGAAGGCAUUAAUUCAAGUUGGGGUGAAGGUUGGAGCGAACUCGGUGAUGAAUAAUGUGAAACUUGGGAAUAAUGUGGUUAAUGUGCCUAUUUGGGAUAAUUUGAUGGAAGCGAUUUGUAGCGCUUUCUAUAUUACCUUUGAUGAUGACAGUGGUGAUGAUGAUGAUGAUGAUGAUAAUUCUGAUUAUGAUUUAAGUGAUGAUGAUAAUGGUGCACACCAUGAUAUUGACGAGCUUGAAACUACCAAGCUUGAUUCUGCGGAAAUUUCCCGUAAGAAAACACAGGAUGAGGCAUUGCUUGUUACUCAGAUGAAACAACUUACAGUGAAAGAUAAUGGAAGAAAUUUGUUGAUCAAGCAAACCUCACAAAACAGUGAUGAUGACGAGCAGCACUAUGAAGAAAGUGAAGGAAGUGAUGAUUCUGAUGGGGAUUAUGACAGCGAUGAUAGCACCAAAGAACAACUCCUCCGUUUAAAACAAGAAGGGGUUUUCAAAGAUGAUAGAUUACUUGAAAAAUACCAACCACAACAAAUGGCUGGCCAAAGAAAUGUAUCAACGGCAGUGAAUGGAAAUCAAAAUUAUCGUCAUGAUUUGGAAGACCUGGACCAGUACUUUGAAAGCGAUAAUUCGGAUAGUGGAUCAGAUAAUGGGGUUGAUUCUGAUGAUAGUACCAAGGACCAGCUACUUGAAUUACGUCAGCAAGAACUACUUGAAUCAAUGAAUCGUGAAGGUGAAGCACCAGGUGUUCCAAGCACUCCAGAAAAUCCAAACCGAAAUGAAUCUGAAACCCCAGGAAAAUUGCUAGACGCAAUUGACCUCGAAGAAGAAAUAACUACUGUAUUAAUCGACGAGCCAAUGAAUGAGAAUUCCAGUGCUUCACGAAGAAUUGAUGACAUCAGCAGUGGCUCAGAGAUCGGCAGUCCGCAAAUGGGAACUUUCAAUAAUGUUGAGUCUAACGAACCGCUUAGUACUCCAAAGAGACAGUAUCCUCAAGGAUCGAAAUCGCCAACUCCACGGUGGAGUAUACUAUUUCAAGGAAUUGAUAAAGAGUGGGAAAGCCUUAAUGAUGACGAUGCCGGCUACUUGAGAUACAGUAAAUGGAACACUUUUUCUCUGAAUGGUAAAAAUCACAAUAUCUCAGAUGCUGAUGAUGAAUAA